GUGGUCUUCACGUUGUGUUGGCCGGCCAGGUGGUAUUAAUUUUGUUUAUGUAUGUAUAGCUUUGAGAAAUGAGAGAGGAAAAACGAAAAAGAGAAAAAAAAACUAGAGCAAAAGAGAGAUUUUAAUCAUCAUGGAAAUAGUGGAGGUAUCACCAAUUCACAAACAUCCUUUGUUACCUAUUACUCGUUUUUCUCGUGAACAUUGUAAAUGUAAUGUGUGUGGGUCUGUUGGUUACAUUUACGGAGGCUACUGUUGCAAUGAGGUGGGAUGUGAAUCCAUGUUUCAUAAAGAGUGUGUUGAGUCUUUGUCAGAAAUCAAGCACACUUCUCAUCCUGAUCAUCCUCUCAAGCUGCUCAUAAGUGACAAAGCAUCAUUCUGUAGUCGGUGUGAAGGUCGGUUUGAAAACGGUUAUAUAUGUUCUAUUUGCGACUUCAAGUUGGAUUUUCGUUGUGCUAAAGGACCUGCCCCACUCCUUAUUCUUGAAAAAUCCAAUCUGCACGAGCAUCUACUUGAAUUCUUCGUGGGAUGGCACUCUUGGAAGGGACAUAGAGAGUGCAAAGCGUGCGGCGGUGCGGGUUUCCGCGGUUAUCGAUGGUAUGGAUGUUAUCAAUGUGAUACACUCUUCCAUGGAGAAUGUGCUGAGUUUUUUCCAGAAGCAAAACACACUUCUCACCCGCAACACACACUCAAACACAUCACAUCUGAAGAAGCACCCGAUUACGCCGACAACAAGUGUCUUCUUUGCGAGGAGGAGUUUGAUCAACAACAUCCCAAAAUUCACCAUUGUGAUGUUUGUAAUUUCACCAUAUGUAGAGCAUGUAUGAAAAACGCACCACCGGUUCGUAUUGAAAGCCUUACAACCCAUGAACAUCAACUACAUCUCGUUCCAAGACGCAUUGAUUUCACUUGCAAUGCUUGCGGGACGCUAGGUGACCGAAGUCCUUACUUUUGUCUUCAAUGCAAUUUCAUGAUUCAUCGCCAGUGUAUCGAUUUACCACGGGUCAUAAACAUCAACCGCCACGAUCACCGCAUCUCUUACACCCGUCGCCUUGGACAUGGAGAGUGGAAAUGCAAAGUCUGCCGCAAAAAAGUGGAUGGGUUCUACGGGGCUUAUACUUGCCUCAAAUGUCCUAGUUUUGUUGUUCAUUCACUAUGUGCAACAAGAAACGAUGUGUGGGACAUGAUAGAGCUAGAAGGGAUGCAAGAAGAAGAGGAAAUUGCGCCAUACGAGAUGAUUGAUGCUAACACGAUAAAACAUUUCAGCCAUGAUCAUAACCUACAAAUCAACAAUGAUGGCCAUGGCAGGAUUCAACCUGAAAAUAUAGUUUGUGAAGCGUGUGUGUUCCAGAUCUUGUCAGAACCGUUCUACAGUUGCAACCAAUGUAGUUUUAUACUCCACGAAAAAUGUGCAAAUCAUCCACGGAAGAAACGCCACGUGUGCAACAACACGUCAUUCAUACUAUUCACAGAUUCUUGCAACAAAGCUAACGCUUCGUGUGGUCUUUGUAAACAACAUUUCACUGGUUUCAGAUACGAAUCAGGCCCUUAUGUUACUAUAGAUGUACGAUGCGCUGCAAUUUUGGAUACAAUUGAGCACGGAAGCCAUCAACAUCCUUUAUAUUACUACACUACAUUUGACUGGAAGCCUUGUAGCCGAUGCAGAGAGGAGGGCGCCGUUUUAUUUCGUUGUGAUGAGUGUGACUACAUUUUGGAUGGAAACUGUGCUCUUUUUCCAAAAAAGGUAAUGAGAAAUAGAUACGAUGAUCAUCUUCUCUUCUUGUCUUUCGGUGACAAGAAUGUGAGUGGUGACUAUUGGUGUGAAGCAUGUGAAACGAAAGUGAACCCAAAGGAAUGGUUCUAUACAUGCAACGAUUGUGGAACCAUAUUACAUAUAUCUUGUGUUGUGGGAGAUUUCUCAUAUAUCAUGCCAGGUUCUCAUAUAACAACAUGGAGAGCUAACGUGGUAUCCAACACCUCUAUUUGUAGACCAGUUUGCUAUAUGUGUAACUCUCGAUGCAAACUUCCUUCUGUUCUUAAGCUUUCUGACACCAAAGUUGAUGUAUACCUUUGUUCUUUCAAAUGUGCCUAUUUUAUUAGGAAAUAAAAUUAUGUAUCAUUUUUCUAGUUAAUGUUAAAUCUAUAUACACAUUUU